GGUAAAGGCAGAAGAGGCAAUUGCAUUCGUCAUUGCUUGCGAUUUCACUGGGCUCCGAGUAGUUCUAUAAAGUGGAGACCUCCAUUGAACGUAGAUCCUAUUCUGCAUCAGACUACUAUCUCUACCAUCCCUCCAGGCGUAGGAAUUCUCCGGAAAACAAGAUCAAUGGCAACUGCGGGCGUCGACGAAGUGAAGCCUCCCUCCUUAACUUCCUCUUCCGAUCCCCCCUCCCUCUUCGACGGAACCACUAGGCUGUACAUCAGUUACGUGUGCCCUUUUGCCCAACGGGCAUGGAUUGCUAGUAACUACAAGGGCCAGCAAGACAAUAUCAAAUUGGUUCCUAUAGACCUUCAGGACAGGCCUGCUUGGUACAAGGAGAAAGUCUACCCUGAGAAUAAGGUGCCAUCACUGGAGCACAAUGGCAAGGUUUUGGGAGAAAGUCUUGAUUUGAUCAAAUAUAUUGAUGCCAACUUUGAAGGGCCGGCUCUGUUUCCUGAUGAUCCUGCCAAGAAAGAGUUUGGCGAGCAGUUGUUAUCCCAUUGUGAUACAUUCAUCAGAGACGUGUACUCUUCAUUGAAAGUAGAAGAUCCUGUAAAGAAAACCAGUCCUUCUUUUGAUUAUCUGGAGAAUGCUCUUGGUAAAUUUGAUGAUGGACCAUUCUUCCUUGGCCAAUUUAGUGCGGUGGAUGUUGCUUAUGUUCCCUUUGUUGAAAGAUUCCAAAUCGUCUUCCCCGAGGUUUUCAAACAUGAUAUUACACAAGGAAGGCCUAAACUUAGAGCAUGGCUUGAGGAGCUGAACAAAAAUGAUGCGUAUGUGAAGACGAAAACUGAUCCUCGGGAAAUCCUGGCCGUAUUCAAUAAACGUUUUUUGGCACAACAGUGAACAGCGAAUGGCAGCAGACGACUAAGCCAUAUGGCUACUAGUGUCAUUUGCAAUCUAAUAUGGGUCUGUUCAUGUCGCGGAUUUAAAUAAAUUUCAUAGCUCGGUAUCCUCACCUGCUUAUGAUCAGCUUUGUAUUCUUGUUAUGAUAUUAUAUUUAUCCCCAAAUAAAGUGCUACGUCUGAUGUGUUGUCAGUUGUGUGGAUGUCAAUGGAGUUGUUAAAUAAAAAUUAAUUAUGGUUGUUAUAAAAUGGGUAUAUCUUGGUGUUA